UUGACAUUCGUAUCUGUUUUUUGCCCCAAUUUGAAGAAAAUGUAAAUAAAUUUCGAGCUAUCCCAGCAAAAAAAUACAAUUUCAUGUUGAAAUUAUGGAAUUCCUGCACGAAACCAUUGCGCUUGGCGUAGAUUUACUAAUCUUAGGUCUUUGUGUAAAAGAAUAUGUAAGCUACAAAAAGAAUGUUAAUUGCCUCAAGGCGGCACCACAACUAGCGAUAGAUGGUGAUCUGAAGAAAUAUGUGGCCUCGCAAAAGGAUAAAAAGAUACCUUAUGCUGUGGUACGCGGCACUGUCACACCAAUUGGUGUUCCAAUGCGCAGUGUCAUGUCACCAUCGGUGACUGGCGUCUUGCAAGUGAUUAAAUUGAGUGAACACCGUGUAACACGCGGCUUUGCUGGUUUCUGGACUGAGCAACGCAAACUCAUUCAUGUCUCCUCGAAUGAGAUGCCUUUCGAAUUGCGCAACAACGAGAGCAGUGUUGAAAUUAUCGACGCCCUCAGCGCUGCUGUGCUAGAUAUGGAUGUAGUUUAUGACAACUAUGAACCGUCUUCGCUUUCCUUUUUCGAUCAUGUAUUUGGCUUCUUUUCUGGUGUACGACAAAAGGGUCUGCAAACAACCGAAGAAGUGCUGCGAGAUGGUAGCUUCAUUACAGCCAUCGGUGAAUUAGAAUUAGAUGGGAAAACAUUACGUUUGCAACCCUCGCCGGUGGGUCCACUCUUCUUGACAACUGCUACCAAAUCUACGCUAAUCAAAAAAUUUGAAGAGGCUAAAUCUUCAAUGCUUGUUAAAAUCUUUGUUUGUGGCACAAUAUCGGCGGUUUUAAUAGGCUUCAUAGUUCGUAAAUUGUAUGCCAAAAAGAAGCAAGAACGUGAUGAGCGUAAAAUCAAAGAAACUUUAGAAAAAGAAAGGCGUGAAAGGCGCGCACGUACACGACCACUCAAUCUUACGACAGAACAAUUGUGUGUAGUGUGUUCAACCAAUCCCAAAGAGGUAAUAAUUCUGCCCUGUGGACAUGUUUGCAUCUGCGAAGACUGCUCCGAAAAGAUUCGAGUUACAUGCCCGGUAUGUCGUGGUAAGAUUGUAACAAAAGCUGCCGCUUUUAUAGCUUAAUUGUUGUUAUUGAUU